AUGUCCUCCAAAAUGCAUCGUGCCACAACUACAGCACCCGAACUGGAAAAGGUGUUGGAUGAAACAAAACGCUCACCCUUCACAGCGCGCCUCUCGGCAGUCCACGUUCGUCAUGUUAACAAAGUCAAGUUAAUACCGUACAAUGGUCUUACCGACCCGAAAAUCUUCCUUAAGUCAAUGUACAUUGCUAUCAACGGUGCACAUUUCUCUACUGAAGAAGCGAUGCUGGGAGCUGCCAAAUGUUCCUAUCGAGAGCUUACGUCUGUAUUCCUGCAACACCACUCGUUUUUCAUGAUCAAGGAAGCUACAAACGCUGACUUAUGGACCAUGUUUCAGAGAGAUAACGAACCGCUUAGAACGUUUAUCGAGAGAUUCAAGAAGGUCGUCUCAAACAUAGCUAUUAAAGACGACGCGGCUAUCGGAGACCUUCGAAAUGCGUUAAUGUUCGUUUCACGGUUUCGAGAAGAUCUUAUCAUCGCUCGACCAUCAACUUUUGACGAUGCUUUGCACCGAGCCAACCGUUUAUAUCGAGAUUGA